AUGCCGAAAUCCACAGACAUUCCCUCGUUCGCUGCAUCGCAGCUCACACUCCUCGAUGCCGAGCUUCAAGCCGAGCUGUCCGAAACAAACGCGCUUCUCUCCUCGCACACGCCUACCGCCCUCUCACGCGCCGGUCUCGCCAUCCUGAACCUUAAUGUGUCUUCUAUACGGACAGGGCUGGGCGGCAAGACCGUGGUCGAGCUAGGGUUGGAUUCGGCAGUUGUGGCUAAAGGCGAGAAGCCCGAUAUCCCGGAGCACGGCAUACGUGUGGGUGAUAUAGUCGCGGUCCAGGACCAGCCUAGCGGGAGCGCAAAGAAGACGGAAAAGAAAGAGCUAGAGAAGAAGGGUGCCGAGGGGGUCGUGUUACGGGUGCGCAGGGAGAAUGUAGAAAUUGUGCUGGAUAAAGAGGAUGCAGAUGUGCCUACUGGCAGCAAGCUAUGGAUAGUCAAAUUGGCCAACGACGUCACCUACAAAAGGAUGAACCAAACGAUGAGCAGACUACAAAAGCUUGGAGAUCAAGAGUACACCCCCUUCAUGCGCGUACUCUUUGGUCAAGCAUCGCCUACACCUUUACCUUCAGAUCUGAAUGAUCCGUUAAACCCUCUUCACAAGCUCGAAUGGAACGAUCCAGGGCUCAAUGACAGCCAGAAAGAGGCAAUUAAAUUUGCACUGGCUUCACGAGAAGUCGCGCUAAUUCAUGGUCCUCCUGGGACAGGCAAGACACACACUCUUAUCGAGCUGAUCUUACAGUUGCUCAAGCAGAAGCUCCGUCUGCUAGUAUGUGGUCCAUCCAAUAUAUCUGUAGACAAUAUCGUCGAGCGACUAGCCUCCCACAAGGUACCUAUGGUGCGCCUAGGACAUCCGGCACGCCUAUUACCAUCCGUUCUGAACCACUCUCUUGAUGUCCUUACACGAACAUCAGAAGCGGCUGCCUUGGUCCAAGACGUCCGCAAGGAAAUGGACGAAAAGCAAUCGUCUAUUCGCAAGACACGCAACGCCAAAGAACGCCGUCAGAUCUAUACCGAGCUGAAAGAGCUUCGACAAGAGUACAGAGAGCGAGAAAAGGGAUGCGUGAACAACCUCGUGACUGGCAGUAAAGUCGUCCUCGCGACGCUACAUGGCGCAGGAGGCUUUCAUCUCAAGGGCCAAGAGUUCGACGUCGUCAUCGUAGACGAAGCCAGUCAGGCUUUGGAAGCGCAAUGCUGGGUGCCUCUGCUGUGGGUCAAGGCAAGUAAGCUAGUGUUGGCCGGUGACCAUCUACAAUUACCACCUACUAUCAAAUCUCUCAACUCAAAUCAAACAAAAGUGGCCAAGAAAGAUGCCAAGAAGAGUAUCGGUAAGGAUACCCGAGCUGGAGAAGACAACGCAGAAAAGGCCGCUGGCAAGCCGAUCGAUGGCAUGACGCUAGAAACAACGCUUUUCGACCGGCUACUAGCUUUGCAUGGCCCGUCGAUCAAGCGUAUGCUAACGACGCAAUAUCGCAUGCAUGAGAAGAUCAUGCGAUUUCCGUCCGAUGAGCUAUACGACUCGAAACUUAUUGCAGCCGAUUUCGUCAAGGAUCGUUUGCUGAAAGAUUUGAAGUACGAUGUCGAAGACACUGAAGAUACGCAAGAACCGCUAGUCUUCUGGGAUACACAAGGCGGCGACUUCCCUGAGAAGCUCGAAGACGAGGGUGUGAUAGGCAAGGGCGGAAAAGGCAUGAGUCUCGGCGAUAGUAAAUCUAACGAAGCAGAGGCGGCAUUGGUGAAGAUGCACGUCGGUAAUCUGAUCAAUGCUGGUGUGAAAGCGGAAGACAUUGCGGUGGUUACGCCAUACAAUGCGCAGCUCGCAUUGCUCGCUGGAAUGCUCAAAGAAGCAUAUCCUGGCAUCGAACUAGGAUCGGUCGACGGGUUCCAAGGCCGCGAGAAAGAAGCUGUCAUCGUCAGUACGGUACGGAGCAACCCGGAGCAUGAGGUGGGCUUCUUGGGCGAGAAGAGACGGCUCAAUGUUGCAAUGACACGCCCAAAGCGACAUCUUUGUGUGAUAGGAGACUCGGACACAAUAAGCAAGUACGUCCACAUUCCAUCCCCAAUCCAUGCCCCCCGCAACGCUCGCCUUCCGUGUUGGUCGCACAAUUGA